UCGGAGAACUAGGAUACUUGUUUUUACUGAAGGUGGAAAGUUAUAGUUAGACGACGUUCGAAGUUCAAUGGACUUUUAGUGCCUCUCUAAUUGGUUAUUAUUGAGCAGAGCCGGUUUAAAGUUGCUGUCGCGAAUCAUAGCAUAUCAGGCAUAGAUAUUGCAGAGCAGUAUAGUGGUAAUCACGUUCAAAUGUAUGCGUGUCUCUUUUGUAGAUGUAGUAGUGAAACUUGGGGGAAAAUAUGUGCACUCUUACCCCGGUUGUUAGUUUUAUCAUUAUUUAGCCGUUUUACCCAAAUCAGUUGGGUAAUAUUUUCAUAUGCAAUCUGAAUAGCCUUUGAAUUGGCGUGCAUUUUUGUGUAUGGAAAAAUUCAAGCUAGUGUUCGUGUGAUGAAAUGUCACUUAUCUCUAUAGGCAAAAGGAUGCCGGCGCAGGUUGUAAACAAAGAUCUACAGAAUGAACGCAACAAGUGUACGUUCAACCAGGAAGAGUUCACUCUCUGGUGGGUGGGUGGAGAGGAGCAACUGAAAGAGAAGCGAUCGAGAGAAAGCUACUUCGAAAGUCAACCGGAGUUCCAGGACAAAGUCCCACUCCAUUUUGCUUCCCAUCAGGAACUGUACGAGGAAACAGUUCGUAAAGCUACGGUCAUCUUUACUAAAGUGAAGAAACUUCUGACCGAACAGGGAAAAUACGAUGAGAAAAAAUAUGUCCACUUCAUGGAAGCUCUUCUCGGCACAGGUUUCAUCAAGGAGGGUAAUCCCCUGGGAAUCCACUUCUCCAUGUUCAUCCCGGCGAUAGUGGGUCAUGCUAGCCCCGAACAACAAGACCAGUACCUAAAGAAGGCGCUGAAUUGUGAAAUCAUCGGAUCAUACGCGCAAACCGAACUGGGCCACGGAACAUUCCUGCGAGGAUUGGAAACGACCGCUACUUUUGAUCCCCAGACGGAUGAAUUCGUAAUCAACAGCCCAACGCUAACCUCGUACAAAUGGUGGCCCGGAGCUUUGGCGCAAACCGUGAACCACUGUGUCGUGAUGGCGCAGCUGUACUCCAACGGAAAGUGCUACGGUAUCCAUCCGUUUAUGGUGCAGGUGAGGGAUUCGGAUACGCAUAUGCCAAUGCCGGGAAUCGACAUCGGAGAUAUUGGAGACAAAAUGGGUUACAAGGGCGUGAACAACGGGUACUUGGGGUUGAAGAACGUCCGCAUUCCUCGUACCGGCAUGAUGAUGAAGAACGCUAAGUUGAUGAGGGAUGGAACCUAUGUGAAACCUUCUUCGUCUGUGCUGGCCUACGGUACGAUGGUGUUCGUGAGGGUGAUCAUCGUUAGGAAUAUGGCACAGUCGUUGGCAAAGGCGGCCACCAUUGCUGUGCGGUAUUCCAGUGUAAGACGCCAGAGCCAUAUCAAUCCAGAAUUACCGGAAGUACAAGUCAUCGACCACGUGACUCAACAGGCCAAACUGUUCCCCCUGGUGGCGAAGGCAAUCGCACUGAAGUUGACUUCGGACAAUCUGUGGCAGAUGUAUGAACGCACGACGUCCGAUUUGAACUCCGGCAGUCUGGAUCGUCUACCGGAGUUGCAUGCCAUUGCGUGUUGUUUGAAGGUAGUGUCCACCUCGGACACUGCCACGGGCGUCGAAGUGUGUCGAUUGGCUUGCGGAGGGCAUGGAUAUCUAACGUGUGCCAACUUCUUGAACUAUUAUAGCUUGGCUUCGGCUGCGUCGACUUACGAAGGCGAGAACACUGUACUGCUGUUGCAGACUGCAAGAUUUCUAGUCAAAAUGUGGAACCAAGCCGUUCAGGGUAAGCAGUUGAUGCCAACUGUCGGAUAUCUGCAGAACUACGUUGGCAAGCAGGUUCAACAGUUCCCCUGGAGCGAUUCAGUGCCGGUGAUUAUUUCCGCAUUCCAGGCGGUAGUGGCCAAUAAGCUGCGCAUUGCAUGUCAGAGUAUUGAAAAACGCAAGGCUAAAGGUGCCACUCCGGAGGAGGCAACCAAUAUGACCGGAUUGGAGCUGAUUCAGGUGGCCGAAGUUCAUGGCCGUUGGUUUGUGCUGCAGUCGGCUUACGAAAUGUUUGAAAAGGCUUGCCAGAAAGCAUCGGCGCCGUUGGUUUCGGUUAUGCAGAAUCUGUGCAAGCUGGUGGUUUAUGAUGAGGCGCUGAGAAUCCGAGGAGACUUGCUGAGGUUCACUACUAUGACCGAAACCGACCUGGUUAAACUGGAGCAGAACUACGAGGCAUGUCUACAGGCUCUUCGUCCGAAUGCCGUCGGCAUAGUGGACGCUUUCGACUAUCCGGACUUUGUGCUCGGAUCCGCUCUAGGAGCCUACGAUGGCAAUGUGUACGAACGGUUGUUCGCCGAAGCCAUGAAGAGUCCGUUGAAUCAGGAACCGGUCAAUAAAACGUUCGAGCUGUACCUGAAACCGCUGAUGAAGUCAAGACUGUGAGAACUAUAAACGAUGGAUUGAAACCGAGACUUAAGUAUACAUUUAUCUGGGAAAGGGUCUAGGGUGCAAUAAUAACACAAGCAAUUAUUCGUUUUACUGAA